AUGUCGUAUAACCCCUUACUGUCCACUAUACAAGACCCCUUUUCGGACACCACCAACCCUCGGCAGUCGCUCUUGACCAUCGAAGAGCCAGUUGCUAUCCAUACCCAGCCCGAUGUACAGUUUGACAACGACCACAAGCCAAGCACGUCGCACCACUCGAGCGCAGCCGGUUCUGACCACACCAGUAGUGACGACCAUCGGGGCGACGACGAGGAGGAGGAAGAAGAGGACCAAGAAGAAGGAGAAGAAGAAGAUACGUUUGACCCCAUCCAGUUCAAACAAUCAAACGACGACGACUUGGAGCGCAGUUCCACCGAGUCCUCAUUCCAGGAUGAGUUUGGCAACAGCUACGACCAAGUCGACUUUGAUAACAAGAAAUACACCCUGAAGCUCAAUUUCAAAGGCACGCGAUUGGUCUAUUUCACUUCGGCGUUUGUCAGUUUAUUUGUGCUGUUGUUUGGAUACGAACAGGGUGUAUGCAGCGGCAUCUUGGCGUUUGAAACGUUUCAAAGCUACUUCAACAACCCGAGCGCGGCUGUCAUUGGCGUUGUUAUUUCGAUUUUGGAGAUUGGCGCCAUGAUAAGCUCGAUCUUGGUGGCGAAAAUUUCGGAUAGGUUCGGGCGCAAGCGCACGAUCUUGUUGGGCACGUUUAUAUUUAUAAUUGGCGGCAGCUUGCAGAGCUUCUGCCCCAAUAUGUUUGUGUUUGCCGUGGGGCGUGUUUUCAGUGGAUUUGGCGUUGGCAUCUUGUCAACGAUUGUGCCUUCGUACCAGUGCGAAAUCAGUCCCAGCGACGAGAGAGGCAAGUUGGUGUGCGGCGAGUUUACCGGUAAUAUCAGCGGGUACGCGCUAAGUGUCUGGGUGGACUAUUUCUGUUACUUUAUUCAAGACAUUGGCGACACGAGAAGCCAGCCAAAACUGUUCUUGGCCAACUUGAGCUGGAGGCUACCCUUGUUUAUCCAAGUUGCCUUGGCAUUCGUCUUGUUUCUCGGGGGGUUUUUCAUUGUGGAGAGUCCGCGUUGGCUCUUGGAUAAUGACCAGGACCAACAAGGGUUCCAUGUGUUGAGCUUGCUUUACGACUCGCACCACCUCAACAGCAAGCCCAAGACUGAGUUUUUCAUGAUCAAAAACUCCAUCUUAAGAGAGAGGAAAUUGACCCCCAAGGCAGAACGAACAUGGAGGCAUUUGCUUUUCAAUUACAAGCGCAGAGUAUUUGUUGCUUGCUCAUCACUCAUAUUUGCCCAAUUGAACGGCAUAAACAUCAUUUCAUACUACGCACCAAUGGUUUUCCUCGAGGCCGGGUUCGAUGACUCGGGAGCUUUAUUGAUGACGGGAGUCAAUGGUAUCAUCUACCUUGCCUCGACCAUCCCCCCUUGGUUCUUAGUCGACAAGUGGGGCCGUCGACCGAUUUUGAUUUUGAGUGGCGUGGCCAUGGGGGUGUGUUUAUUCCUUGUUUCCGUGUUUAUGCUUCUUAACAAGUCGUACACCGCCACUGUUGUUGCCGUGCUUGUGAUUAUCUACAAUGCCUCGUUUGGCUUUGGAUUUGGGCCUAUUCCGUUUUUGCUUUCCGGUGAAUCCUACCCGUUAUCGGUGCGUUCCAAAGGUAUGUCGCUCGCCGUUUCCUGCAACUGGCUAAGCAACUUUAUCGUGGGUCUAUUAGCGCCCAUAUUGAGGCAAAAUAUCAAGUGGGCCAUGUAUUUGUUUCCUGCUGGUUCGUGUGUUAUCAGUGUCGUGUGCGUGAUGAUGUUUUACCCUGAGACCAAAGGGAUCGAAUUGGAGCAGAUUGACGAAGUAUUUGACGAUUUCUACAGAAUUUCGCCGUUGAAUCGAAUGGUUGGCAGCUUGAGAAAGAGACGAGGCAAUAGAAUCAAGGACAAACAAGGGCGGAGGUUGAAUGCCAAAUACAAUCGUUUAGAGAAUGAUAUACAGAGAAGAGCUAGAGAACAUGACGAUGAUGACGAUGAUGAAGGUGGUCAUGGUAGUACUGCUAACAUUGAAUUAGAAGCUUUGAAUCGGAUGGACUAUGAAUAUGAUCAGGAUAAUCAUCUUCAUAGAGAUUGA